GCUGCGGCGGCCGGUGGGCGGGGCGUCGCCCGUGACGUCGCAUCCCGUUUCGAUUCUCCGCCCCUCUUCUUGGCCCGUAUAUAAGACUUGGCCGGGCGUUCGCACUCUCACAAGUGGACGCGAACGUCAGGCGCGGGUUGUUGGUGGAGGCGGGGGCUCGAGGGCAAGGGCCAGCUCGGACGUGUGUCCGCGCUUCGGAGGUGGCAGCAGGCAGUGCCGGGCGGUGAGGCGACGAUGGAGCUCUUGCGGACUAUCACCUACCAGCCGGCCGCUAGCACCAAGAUGUGCGAGCAGGCGCUGGGCAAGGCUUGUGGCGGGGACUCUAAGAAGAAGCGGCCGCAGCAGCCCCCCGAGGAGCCGCAGCCGCCGCAGCCCCAGGCGCAGGGGCAGCCGGCGGCCCCGCACCACCAUCACCACCACUCGCACUCUGGGGCUGAGAUCUCGCGGAUUAUCGUGGACCCCACGACGGGGAAGCGCUACUGCCGGGGCAAAGUGCUGGGAAAGGGUGGCUUUGCCAAAUGUUACGAGAUGACAGAUUUGACAAACAACAAAGUCUAUGCUGCAAAAAUUAUUCCUCACAGCAGAGUAGCUAAACCUCAUCAAAGGGAAAAGAUUGACAAAGAAAUAGAGCUUCACAGAAUCCUUCAUCAUAAGCAUGUAGUGCAGUUUUACCACUACUUUGAGGACAAAGAAAAUAUUUACAUUCUCCUGGAAUACUGCAGUAGAAGGUCCAUGGCUCAUAUCUUGAAAGCAAGGAAGGUGUUGACAGAGCCAGAAGUCCGAUACUACCUCAGGCAGAUUGUGUCUGGACUGAAGUACCUUCAUGAACAAGAAAUCUUACACAGAGAUCUCAAACUAGGGAACUUUUUUAUUAAUGAAGCCAUGGAAUUAAAAGUCGGGGACUUCGGUUUGGCAGCCAGGCUGGAACCCUUGGAACACAGGAGGAGAACAAUAUGUGGUACCCCAAAUUAUCUCUCUCCUGAAGUCCUCAACAAGCAAGGACAUGGCUGUGAAUCAGACAUUUGGGCCUUAGGUUGUGUAAUGUAUACAAUGUUACUAGGAAGACCCCCCUUUGAAACGACAAAUCUGAAAGAAACGUACAGGUGCAUAAGAGAAGCAAGGUAUACAAUGCCAUCUUCAUUGCUGGCUCCUGCUAAGCACUUAAUAGCUAGCAUGUUGUCCAAGAAUCCAGAGGAUCGUCCCAGUUUGGAUGACAUCAUUCGACAUGAAUUUUUUUUGCAGGGCUUCACCCCAGACAGACUCUCUUCUAGCUGUUGUCAUACAGUUCCAGACUUCCACUUGUCAAGCCCGGCUAAGAAUUUCUUUAAGAAAGCAGCUGCCGCUCUUUUUGGUGGCAAAAAAGACAAAGCAAGAUAUAUUGACACACAUAAUAGAGUGUCUAAAGAAGAUGAAGAAAUUUACAAGCUUAGGCAUGAUUUGAAAAAGACUUCAAUAACUCAACAACCCAGCAAACACAGGACAGAUGAGGUAUGCCGGAAAAGAAUAAAAUAGAUAUAAACACUUUAUAUCAUUUCUGCUCUUUGCUAAUUAUCACAUGGAUUAUGAUUAUCACGAUUCAGAUAUGUUGUAUUUACUUAAAGCUUUUCUUCCAAUCGUUUAAAAGGAAAGAUUUGGUUUUUCAGUUUAACAGCGCAUGUACUUGAGUCACCAAAACACCUUUUGUGCCCAUUGCUUUUUUUUUUUUUAAAGAUUUAUUUAUUUAUUUGAGAGAGCGAGAAUGAGA